CCUGCCUCUCGGAGCCAGCAAAGCAGGCAGGCAGGCAGAGGCAGUCGGGGCUGUAGCGUUCUCUCACCGAGUGUGUCAGCUCGGCUGAACACGUACAGUACAGCUAGUUACCGUUCACAGAACACGCACGCAGUUGGUGUGUAUGCGGGCUAGCGCACACAUUGAGUGGGCACCGGUUCCUUAUUUAAUUCAGACUGCGGGACAGCAGCCAUGGACCUAUUCGAGUUUGACUUCUUUAGGGAUUGGGAACUGGAGCAACAGUGCCAUUACGAGCAGGACCGCAAUGCACUGAAGAAGAAGGAGUGGGAACGACGCACCCAGGAAGUGCAACAAGAUGAUGAUCUCUUCUCCUCUGGGUUUAAUCUGUUUGGAGAGCCGUACAAGACAGAGGCGUCAAGUCAAUCCACUUUGGGGGGGACCUACAAUCCAGUCCAGGUUUUAAAGACGAACAAGGGAGACGCCCUAGCGAACCGCGUCCAGAACACGCUGGGGAACUACGACGAGAUGAAGGACCUGCUGACAAACCACUCCAACCAGAGCCACCUGGUGGGCAUCCCCAAGAACUCCGUCCCCCAGACCCCUGUGGAGAAGGCGGAGCAGCAGAGCUUCUUCCCCGAGGGCCAGAGGAGUAGGCUGGCCCCGUCCACUUCCAUGCCCCCUCCCCCCUCCUCCUCCUCCUCUUCCGGCCCCCUCACCAGCUCCUCGCUGCUGCACACUUACCAGAGCAGCAAGAAGUCCCGCUCAUCAGACUGGUCCCGGGGCGGACAGUUAGGCCAGGCCAGCGGUCAGCAAUGCAGCCGGACAAAGCACAGUAGCUGUUCCCACGAGCCGCCCCAGAGAGGGUGUGAGGACUUGUGUAGCAGCCGGGGCGACGUGCACAAAGGGGACUCCAGCCCGGCUGCUUCCUCUUCCCACUCCAGGAGACACGCUCACUCCUCCAAGUCUGCUGCUGGAGACCACGCCUACAAGGAAAGCACACACUCCAAGUCACCCAUGGAGCUGGACUUCAGCUCCCACGGUUCGAACUCUCCCGUCCCUUCGACGUCUCUCAUUUCCGGUGGGCUUUCCACUCCAAACUUCCCGCCCGCGCUGCACUCCAAGCCCAGCAUGGUCCAGCAAAAGCCCACCGCCUAUGUCAGGCCGAUGGACGGCCAAGAUCAGGUCCCCAACGACUCCCCCGAGCUCAAACCAGCCAUGGAAAUCGGGGAUAGCUAUAGCAACCCACCUUUCGGAGGCCUGCUGGAGGGGAAAGCCAGUGCAACGAAUGCAAAGAGCAAGCUGCCAAAGCUGACUUUACCUCAGUCUGGGGAGGUCAGCCUUUCGAAUGACUCAAGCUGUGUUGAAGAAAUACUGCGGGAGAUGACCCACUCAUGGCCGCCACCAUUGACAGCGAUUCACACUCCUGGAAAAGCAGAGCAGACCAAGUUCCCUAUUCCAUCCAAGGAGCCCCAGCAUCUCCCCUCCGGAUACAACGGACCAAAACGCAGCGAUGCUCCCAACAAGGCUGCAACCAAGUCUGUGCCACAGAAGUCAAUGCUGGAGGAUGAUCUGAAGCUCAGCAGCGAUGAUGAAGACAGCGAGCAGACUGCAGAGAAGACCAAGCCUAGAAGCACUCCUGUAAAUCUCCCCGUGCCUCCCACACGCACAGCAGAGUCAGGCACCUCGGGAAGCUCCAGCGAGUCAGAGAGCAGCUCGGAGUCGGACUCAGACAGCGAGAGCAGCUCCAGCUCCAGCGAGUGCAACGAGGGCUCCCGCAGUGCCACCCCCGAGCCAGAGCCUCCAUCCACAAACAAGUGGCAGCUGGACAAGUGGUUGAAUAAAGUGACCCCCCACAACAAGGCUCUGAUCAACAGCCAGACUGAAGGCCAGGUGCUGGCCGGUGCUCAGUCCGAGGACAGUCGGCAGAAUGAGGGACCAGGCCAGGGCAAGGGGAAGGCCAGCGAGGUGUUGUCUCAGCCUGAGGUCAAGGAGCGGGCCUUGCUCAGCCCCAUCAGGGAGAGAGCCAAGCCCCGGACAGGCCAGAAGACCCUGGAGGGCAAGAGCGGCAAGCUCAAAUCCCCGGCACACGUGGAACUGGCCCCUCCCCGGAGAACCACUGGGAAGAAGCAGCCCAAGAAAGUGGAGAGGGCCCCCAGCGUGGAGGAAUACAACUGGCCCAAACCCAACAACCCCAGCUCCACGCCAAAGGAGAAGGAGCCGCCGCCGCCCCUGGAGCAACCCAAAGCCAGGAGUAAGGGGGGCAGCGGCAAGAUGGCCCCGCGGAAAGAGCAGAGGUCCAACGCGGCAGCGGCGCCUCCCCCAGACAAGAAGAAGCACAGGGGGGUGAGCAAGAUUGUCCCCAAGUCCAAGGAGUUCAUCGAGACUGAAUCGUCUUCUUCAGAGUGCCAUUCAGACCAGGAGGAGCUGGUUAAACUCUCUGCUCCCUGCCUGGGACCGAGCAUCGCCGGCAGCUCGCUCAAACCCAAGGACUGCAGCAGCAAUAACCUGAGCGUCAGCAGCACUUCAAUAGACCCGGCCGGCAGUGACUUACUAGACGAGCACUUCUUCUCCCCCGCCCCCAUGGUCCAGAAUGAACUGCUGUCUCCCUUGAGGGAAUUCGAGGAGAUCAAGUCAUUGUGGGUGAAAAUCGAGCUGAGUUUUCUGUCUCGGAUACCCGGGCAAGACCCCCCAGAGCCGGACCCUGUGAAGCCUGAGCCCAAGGACUCCAACCUGAAGCACCGGCGGCAAACUCCAGCUUCGACAGCCACCGAGAAACCCCCCAGCAAAUCCAAGAGGAAACACAAGUCUGAGAAUUCAGAUGCACUCAGUGGCAAUAAGAAGCUACGGUUAGAGAAGGCCUCGGCGUUGCUCCCCCCUUGUAUUUCUCCAAUCCACAGCCACAAGCCCACCAGCACUAAAGACUCCUCCAAGAAGCAGCCCAGGAAACGUGAGGAGAAGCUGCUACCCCCCCCUCUGUCCCCGCUCUCCGAUGAGCCCCUCCACAGUGAGAGCAGCUCCUUCAGCCAGGAGAACAGCACCUCCUCGCACAAGCACCGCAAGGGAGACAGCAAGCCCGCCGCGCACACCAAGGCCCAGGAAGAAGAACCUCUUAGCAGGUCCUGCAGCAGUUUCCAUGGCAACGGGCAAACGGAGCCUGACCUUUGGUCUACCCUAUCGCCAAUGUUGACAGAGCCUCGGAGGCCAAAAUUGACGUUUGAUGACACACUUCACAAUGCAGACUACUAUAUGCAGGAAGCCAAGAAAUUAAAGCACAAAGCUGAUGCACUGUUGGAGAAGUUUGGCAAAGCUGUUAAUUAUGCAGAUGGCGCCCUGUCCUUCAUCGACUGUGGGAACGCGAUGGAACGAGAUCCAUUAGAAGCCAAGUCUCCAUACACCAUGUACUCAGAAACAGUGGAGCUCAUCAGGUAUGCAAUGAGGUUAAAGAACUUCACAGGCAAAUCUUCUACAGUAGCUGAUAAGAAGCUGUCUGUUUUAUGUUAUCGGUGUUUAUCGCUUCUCUACUUGAGAAUGUUUAAACUGAAGAAGGAUCAUGCAAUGAAGUACUCGCGCUCCCUCAUGGAAUAUUUCAAGAACUCUGUGAAGAGCUCCCAAGCACCGUCGCCCUGGGGAGGCAAUGGGAAAAGCACAGGCACCCCGUCGCCCACGUCUCUGAGCCCCUCUCCGGUCAGCUCUGUGUGCAGCAGCGCGGGCACUGGGGGCUCUUCCUCCUCGGGCAGCAUCGCCAUCCCCCAGCGCAUCCACCACAUGGCCGCCAGUCACGUCAACAUCACCAACAACAUCCUGCGGAGCUACGAGCACUGGGACACCGCCGACAAGCUGUCCCGCGAGAGCCGAGAGUUCUUUCAGGAGCUGGACUCAGUGAUGGAACCACUGACCCAAAACAGCAGUAUGACCAGCCUGGUCCGCUAUGUCAGGCAAGGACUGCACUGGCUCCGUAUAGAGGCUCACUUAUUAUAGUGACCGGACUACUGCGCUGUAUAUUAUACAUCUUCAUCACUACCUCUACCAGCGUACCGACCCUUGCCCGCCCACGCACCCCACCCCAUCAGCCACCCACAGCAUGGACAGCACUUCCAGCAGCAUCGCCCGCACAGGGGGCUCUGUGUGAAGGUCCUCUUGGUACCUUUUUGUUUUGUUUUUGCCUCACUGCUUUGGGGUUUUGAGGUCCCUCCUGCUUCUACUGAGUGUUGCAUUCUAAGUGUAUACAGCCCCCCCCCCCCCCCCCCCCAACCCCCAUUUAGAGACAGAAGCACUGCAACUACAGCUCGAGGCUGGAAAAAAAAAGGAGAACAGAAAAGCACUUAAAAAAAACAGAAUCACAUAGUUGCGCUCCUAGCUUGCAUUUACAAUAGGUUUGAAUGGUAUCUCUCAGUUUCACUUCCCAAACUCACCCCUCCCUUCUAUAUCACAAUUCAAGCACAGCUUUGGCAGCUUGUACAUAUUCACAUUGUAAUGAGUUGUUGAAAGUAACGUCCGAUCAUGUGGUUGCGGCAGGAUGGGAGGUGGUGAAAGUUAGUCUUAAUAUUUGACAACACGUACUCCUGACGUGUGUUCACCUUAUUGAAUGGGUAGCGCUUUGCAUUAAGGGUGACUACCGGGGUAAUAUCAUGUGUGGUUACAUAGUAAUUACACUGAUAAAUACUCAACUACAUGUGCAAAUACAGUGCAAUUACAAAACACGCUGGUAAUGGCAAACAUUUUCCAUUUAGUGAUCAAACAUGUUACUGCAUUGUAACUACACAGCAGUAUGUGUAAUGACUGUGUUAUUACAGCGCAGUUAGAUACACUUCAUGUAAAGUUUUAUCAUUGAAUCAUUCUUUUUUUAAUUGUAAAAUAGCCAACAAAAGAUAUUGCUAGCUGUGAAAUCCCUAGGACCCUUUUUGUAUUACAUUUUAUAGAAUAUUUGUAUUUGCAUUCAAUGCGUUGCUUCCAAUUUUUCUCAACCCUGUUUUGGUGGCAUUCAUUCCACUGUUUAAAGUGUUUGAACUUUCAUACAAUCUAACCAGGAAAGGGGCAACAAACACAAGCUUCCAGAUCUCUCAAAUGCAAUCUUACAAUAAUACAGGAGCUACUUUGUGCACAAGGUGAACACACACACACACACACACGUAUAGUGUAAACGAGAUCUAUGUAUGAGUAUGUGUUUCAACAUGUUCAUAAAAAAAAAAAUAAUAAUAUAGCACUUAGACAAAAUUCCAAACACACUUUGUUUUACAAAACUUCAUGAAGGCAUUGGCUGAAGACAACAUCUACUUAUAGUAUCAUGUAUUUAUUUAAGAGGUUUCCAGAUAGCACUUUUAACACUGUGGUGUACAGACACUGCAAUGUACUGAAGUGUAGUUAUGUAAGUCAACGUUAAGGACCCAAUCAUUGCAAUGUACUGAAGCAUCGUUAAUGAAUCAAUCAUAACAUCUCUAAUCACAGUGGAAAGGAGUCUUUAAACCACUUAAAUUAGUAAAAUAUGAACUUCCAUGAUUUUCUAUAUUCUAAAGAGACUGAAAAACCCUGUAGCGAUGUUUUGAUUUUCAUAACCUUGGGCCCUUUCUAAAUGAUUUAAACAAGCCCAGCAUUUAAAUGCACCUCUCUUCAGACUGAUUGAAUAGACCCACAAUAAUGCCUGUUCAGAUCAGUUGAAUAGAGCCACAAUAAUACCUGUUCAGAUGGAUUGAAUAGACCCACGAUAAUGUACCUGCCUGUACUCCACGAGACAGUUACAGAGGCUGGGCUCUAUCCUCCUCUCUACAGGAUCGCUGGCCGUUUCUGAAGACACUCUGAAUCUGUAACUAGAAUCUCGAUACAGAUCACGCAGCUCAUGAAAUCAGUUCUCGUGUUUCCUUGUAACAAGGUGGAAACCUUUGGGAAAUCUGAUAAGAGAACCACAUUAAGAUUAUUUAAAGAGAUGGACCCGUGUCAAGGUGGUUUACAAGUGCAUAAGUAUCUGCAUUCACCAGUGUGGUCCAGAGCUCACUGCUGAUGCCCUAUCUUAAUCUGAGAAGGCAAAAGCACCAUUCCUGAAUGUUAAUGGUAGAUGCAGCAAGGGUGCUUGCCAACUAUCGUUUUUCACUGAGUCAAUGAGGAAUUAAAAAAAAACUAUUUUAAAAUGUUAUCUAUGCAACUUAGGGUGGUAAACUGGGAACCGCGAUUUCAAUGUCUAUGUGUAUCAUACGUUAGCAUUGGUUUGCUUACUCUGUAAUUAAUUACUGUUCAGUAACACAAACAUAUGACUACUUGAAUUGGUACAAAAUACACGUAUCAAAGGCACAUUCGGUUAGGAAGUCAUCCUGCAAAAAAAACUACAACAGCUAUUGAAUUAAACUAAAUGACAGCACUUCUGAAAGCAGAACUGAGUAAUUUAAAAACAUAAGGAAUCAUUUUAACCUAUGCAAGGCUUGGUAAAUGAUACUCGUGCAUUGGAUACAGAUGGGGUUGUGUGCUUGUUUUUCCUCACCCUUCGGAAGGAAAGCAAGCAGCUGGCUUGGAAGUGUGGCCAGGGAGCAUCGCAGCAGGCAGCACUCUACCUACAGCAAGAACGCCAAAACAUGUGCAAGGAAAUACAUCGUGAUAACAGAGUCUGCUUUAAAUGCGUCAACAUGGAACCAAAAAAUCAAGGGUUUUGCUUGAUUGAUAUUUGAAUUGCUCAAGGAAAAAAAAAAAACACACUGAA